GGAAAAAUAACCCAAUACUUUGGUUUGUUUCAGAGUAUAUCAUGAAGGAAAUAAAGGAAUCCCCAAAGACCCAUUUCCCUUUGAGGCUGAUGUCCAAGUACAUUUGAUUGGUGAGGGUUGCAAAAGUCCCUUAGAAAGUUUUUGGAAUGGAAACAGCAUGAUAUUCAUUAUGCAGAAAGCAGUUAAGUGGGUUGGACAUGUUGAACUAACUGACCAAAUGGAAGAAUCACAAAUAGAUGAUGCCACUAAUAUUUCAGAGUUUACACCAGAGAUGGGUUCUGGGCCAGUUGCUCUAUCUGUUGGAAGAGCAAAGGAACUGAUUUCACUCUAUACCAUGUCACAAAAUCCUAACAUGACCCAUUUGAACAUAAGCAAACGAUGUGUGCUUCCUCCCCUUUGGGUAAGGUGUGACUGCUCUGACGCUGAACAUACCUGUUGGCUAGGAGCUGAGCCUCUCAAACAUCGGGACACAAUCACAGGGAUCAAUCUCCAUAUAGUUACAUGUAAUGGUCCUACAGCUGAUAAAACCUGUUUUGAAAAUCUAGAAGAUCUUAAAAUGGCACACAGAAUCAGACAUCACUCAUCUGUUGUGGCAACCAAAGGCUUUGCUCAGUAUGAGCUUGUUCGAUCCACUACAUUGGAGGAUACAAUUGUUGAAUCAGAGAGUAAUAUAUCUAUUGAUAUUACAUGGAAUAAUGUGAAUAAGAUUCUGGAGACACCUCCACUCACUGCAGUGGCAACAUUGAACAUUAGAUUGGAACCUGGGGACCCAAGGAGUCCUGUGUUCGAGUUACAUAGAGAACUGCAGUUUCUCCUUGUUUUGGCUGAAGGCUUGAAGACUGGAGUGACGGAUUGGCCUGAGCCUUUGGUAGCUGAAUCAGCGGUUGAGCUUGUUCAGGAACUUCUGAAUGAUUUAAAGAACAAAUUGGAUGGAUUUAAUGCAUCAGUACACAAAAACGCUGCAGAGAAAGUCAAAUGUGACUCUGCUGCAGUGGACAGUUCAAUAAAAUCGCUUUUUAGUGAGAGAGGAGACCUGGAUUUUGCUGAAGAGCUGUGGUGCAAAAUGAGAAGGAGUGUCUCUUCUUAUCAAGACUUGGUAAAGUGUUUCACACUGGUCAUCAGAUCUCUAGAAAAUGGUGAGAUACAGCCAUGGAUUCAUCAAGGGAGUAGCAGUUUACUAAGCAAAUUGAUUAAUCAAACUUAUCAUGGAGCUAUGGAGGCUAUUUCCUUGACUGGUAUCACCCCAAUUCAAAUGCUUCUGGAGAUUGGGCUCGACAAAAUGAAGAAAGAUUAUGUCAGUUGUUUUAUAGAUCAGGAACUUGGAACAUUAACUUAUCUGGACUACUUCAUUUCCACAGCAGUAGACCUACAGGAGCAGGUUCAUCGUGUUCAAAAACUUCAUCAUGUGCUGGAAAUAUUGGUCAGCUGCACAGUCUUUCUUCACUUCAAAUAUGAGAACCUCUUCCCUUUGAUGCAAUCCUGCAUCAAAUAUUACAAAGAAAAUCCUCUGAAUGAGAAGCAUGUGUUUCAGCUACCAAUCAGACCAGCUAUUGUUAAGAAGUUCUAUCAAAAUGAUCAUGCACAAAAAUGGAGAUUGGAAAUAAGUAGUGAAUACGGUCAGAAAAUGGUAAAAACAGUUUGGCAGCUUAGCACUAGACCUCCUGUUGAACAUCUGACUUCAAACAACCUAGGAGUACUUUGUGAUACAACAGUUAAUGGAAACACAGAAGAAAGUAUGUAUUUUAUUACCAUGGCUAACUGCAGUCAGGUGCAUUUUACAUAAAAGACUGCUGUUGUACAGAUAGAGCCUUAGGAGGUACAGUAAGUGGAAAAUGUCGGCUUGUCUGUUUCCCUCCCAGCAUAUCUAAACAUAUUUUGUGGUUGGAAGAAUGUUAUUUGCUAAUGUGUGUUUAAAGUAGGAAUUUAGAUGUACCUCUAAUUCAACAGUACAUGUGCAGUUUUUUUUGGUAUAUUGUAACAGUCUGUUUUAAAAUAUAUAAAAUAAUUUCUUUAAAAAUUAAUUUUGAUAGCUUAUGAAUAGUCUACUUUUUUACAUUUUAAAUUUAAUUUUUAUUCUUGUACAAUGUAGUUGACCAAGAGCAAACCAUAUUAUGAAUCUUUACUGAUGUUACAUGAAUAAGACAUAUUUGGAGAGCUGCUCUUCCAGUAGCAUAUACAUUUUGUAAAAUAACUUCAGUUUUCUUUAAGUCUCUCUACUUUUAUUUUGGAGUUGCUCUUCUCAUCCAGUCCAAAUUCAACGUUCCCUCAAAUGCAAAAAAAAAUAAAUAAAUUUAAUCU